AUGCCCAUUGGACGACCAAGAGAAAUUCCUAAACACCAGAUGAUUGCUGCUUCCACAAUUUCUAUUUUCAACAUGAUUGCGAGAAACAUAACCACAGUGAGUGGCUUCUGCCUCCUGGGGUUCUCUGACAAGAGGGAGAUGCAACUAUUACAUGCUUGGCUCUUCUUGCUGAUGUACCUGUUGGGCUUGGCAGGCAACUUCAUCAUCAUCAACAUCACAACACUGGACCCACAGCUCCAAUCUCCAAUGUGUUACUUCCUGAAACACCUUUCCCUUCUUGACCUCUCCUCCCUGUCUGUCACUGUUCCCCAGUCUAUCCACAAUUCUCUGACUGGCAGUGGAUACAUUUCUUAUGACCAGUGUGUGCUGCAGGUUUUCUUCUUGAUAUCCUUAGGUGGCACUGAGGUUGCCAUUCUCACAGUGAUGUCCUAUGACCGCUAUGUGGCUGUCUGUCUCCCACUGCACUAUGAGAUCAUCAUUAGCCCCAGAAUAUGCAAGUUGGGUGUGACAUUUGUGUGGAUAAGUGGAGGCAUUCCAGGAACCUUGUACACAACAACCACAUUCUCUAUGAGAUUUUGCAGGGCCAAAAUAAUCCACCAGUUCUUCUGUGAUGUCCCCCAGUUGCUCAAGCUCUCCUGCUCCAAUGAUUACCUUGGAGUGACUGGAGCAGUUGCUUUCAUGGCUGUGGUGGGAACUGCUUGCUUUACUGCCAUUUGCUUCUCCUACAUCCAGAUAUUCUCCACAGUCCUCAAGAUGCCCUCUGCUGAAGGCUGGUCUAAGGUCUUCUCCACGUGCCUGCCCCAUCUCUGCGUGGUCACAUUUUAUAUUUCCACUGGUAUCUUUGCGUAUCUGAAGCAACCUUCAGACUCUCCAACUGCUUUAGACCUCAUCACCUCUAUGUUUUACACAGUAGUUUCCCCAACCCUCAACCCUGUUAUCUACUGUCUGAGGAAUGAGGCCAUGAAAUCAGCUGCAAGAAAGUUACUGUUAAGCAGUGUGACUAUUCUCAUUGAGAGGGUAGGGAAAGGGUUGCUGGAAGUCUGUGGUUCCGCAGUCGUUCCCGGCCUUUCUGUGGCUGGGGAUGCUGAUGUCGUUGUGGUGCCUGAUGGCUUGAAGGUGGGCUUAGGAGACCCAGGAUUCUGGGUCCUCGAGAGGCAAGGCCCUCUGAACGUGUGUGUGGUGGACCCAGGGAGCAAUGCCAUCAACCUUUAG